CUGUAAUCUGAUUUAGUCAGAGUGUAUCACUCAAAGAAUCGACACAGAGCACAAAGGCGCAUCAGAAUAAGUCCACGUUACUGACAGCCUCCGCUUCCAUACAUCAUGGCCUACGCAAUCAAUCAGCCUGGACCUCCACCGAUGAUUAUUGAUCCAUUUGCACCUUCUGUAGCAUACCAGCCUGCACCUGCAGUGGGAUUCAUUCAACCACCUCCUGUAAUAAUCCACCCUGAACCUCAACCAGUGGUAGCGUUUGAACCACCUAUUGCAGUAUACCAGCCUGCACCUCAAGAAGCAGUCAAGACAAAAGGUCCUGUGGUAAUUCAGGCUCCUAUGAAGUCUUUACCAGCAGCAACGAAGUGUGGUUUCUGCCAGACACAAGUUGUCACAAUACCUGAACCCAUCAACGGAACCCUUAUUUGGUUGAUUUUCGGUUUGCUCUUCAUCUUCUGCAUAUGGCCAUGCUGCUUGAUUCCUUUCUGCGUGAAGUCCUGCAAGGAUGUCAGACACACCUGCCCUAACUGUAGAAACAUCAUCCAUAUCUACAAACGGAUGUAAGACGUUUCACCUGGAGAACAUCAUAAACACAAAUGAAGGCUGUAGAAGAAUUAAUAAUCUUGUUUUUUUUUCCUGAAUACACUAUGUAAUAAAGAAUAUGUAAUGUAAUUAGUUGUAUCAUUUAAAAAAUACUCAAAGACAUUUUUGCACUGAAAUCAUUGCACUUUACGUGUUUUCAUUUGUGAAAAGUGUUCAUAUUUUAAAGCAAAUUUCUUUGUAAACUUUGCAAUAAUCAGAUGAUUAACAUUAAAUUGCUAUUCAGAAGAAAUGAGUCAAAUAUUAUAAUAUCUGCAGGCCCGGCGCCAGGAACAGUUUACUAAGGGGGCAAUUAGAAAUUGCAAGGGGGCAAAUAUUUUUCAUAUAGUGUGUAGUAGUGAUGGCGGUCUGACAACGUGUUUCAAACAAUUAACUGCGCCAACCACAAAACCAUGGCCCCGAAGGUUGCUUUAGUACAGGAAAAUCAUGUGACAUAUUACCAGGGCAGUUGCGCUUUAUCAACACCCGUGCCCACCUGUUAACCCUCCCCUCCAAUUUUCUCACAGACACGCGGUACAACCUGAAAGAUGCCAAACAUAAAACACCAAACACAAACCUACAGGCAAGUCCUUUAAAUUUAAAAUACAUACACUCUCUCUUCCUUUCACCGGCCUGCCUGUGUCAUCUUGGUCAGUUGAGGUGGCCGAUGUGCUGGGCUCUGCAUACUCCACAGUGUGUUUUGACACAAUCCAUUUUCUUAUAUCCAUUUUGAUGCCAUCUAACACACGGUCAGCAGCAAACUACGAGCUAACCGCCAACACUCUCAAAACCCUUUGCCUGCGUGUACAGCGUCAGCAAUGAAAGAGUAACAAUGUGCAAUGUAAGAAUCAUAACCAAUCAGAUUUGUUCUACUGUGCCAGUUUUAGUAGUGAUUUAUGUGAAAUGUAUUUUUGUGCAAUGCGCAACCACUUAAUAUUUCGUAUUUGAAAAUGCAAAUUAUUAAUACGUCUAUAAUACAUUAUAUUUUCAUAAGAAAACAAUUAAGUGAUCUGAGUCUCCGUUGAGGGGGCGGGGCUGUAGCCACGAGGGGGCGACGCCCCCUUUCACCCCCCCACCGCGCCAGGCCUGAAUAUCUGUAAAGAUAUUCAGGAAAAAGGUUGACCAAAUGCUUAUAUAUAAAGAAUGUUGCAUUUAUAACUUAAAAUACCCUUUGACAUUUAUUAAGACCAGCGGUUGUUGCAUUAUAUGAUGUAUACACAUAGUUUGGCUGUAAUCAUGGGGGAAGCCAUGGCUCAAAGUUUAGAGAAGCAGCUUUGGGACCAAAAGGUCACCAGUUCGAUUCCCUGCACCAGGAAGUGCCCUUGAGUAAGGCACUGAACCCCCAACUGCUCUCCAGGCUUCUGGUUAUCUUGUACGUCAUUCUGGAUAAGAUGUCUGCUAAAUGCCAUUAAUGUAAUGUAAUGUAAUCAAGACCACUGUUGUUGAGGCCAAAUGAAAGUAAACCUGAGUCAAGAUUGAAAACUAUCUGGACUUGCUUGAAAUCCUUGAAGACAUUUCACUUCUCAUCCAAAAGGCUUCAGUUCUGU